UUUAUAAAACCUGACUGUCCUGAUUUUCAGUCACAGAAGCUCUGCACCUGGAGGAGCUGUGAGUUCAUCUGGACUCCAGGAGACAGAAACACACCUGAGCAGGAUGAAGAUGAUCUCCAGGAUCCUGCUGCUCCUCAUCCUCAGCUCAUGUCUCUGUGCAACAUUUGUAGUGAAUGUGACACAGAGCAGCUAUCAGGCAGAGGAGAACCACAGCAUCACUCUGGAGUGGACCUUCACCUCCGAACCCGACUCCUGCUUAAAGUUCAAUUUCAUAAUUUUCACUCUGAUCACCGAUGACAAAUUGUCAGUCUUGUUUCAUGAACACGAUGGAGUCGAGGUGCCGAUGUCUCAGGAUGAACAGUUUGCAGGACGGGUCCAAAGUGAAAGAGACGUCCUGCCAGAGGGACGGACCAGACUCCAUGUGUCCAGACUGAGGACUGAAGACUCUGGCCUGUAUGUGUGUGAAAUUAAAACGGAUCACAACUUCGGCUCUGCAGCAGCUGAACUGGUCGUAUUUGCGGCUCCUGAGCCUCUGCAGGUUCAGAGACUCAGACUGAAUCCCCAAACAGAAAAUCGAAGUAGGUUGAGUCUUUGCGUCAUCCUGGCACUGAUAGCAGCAGCAGCAGCAGCAGCAACAGCAGUUUUACUCAUCCAGAGAAGGAAACGCACUGGUCAAAAAUCAAGUUUUAAUAACCCAGUCAGUAUAACCUGAGGGAAAACUCCAGGGAGGUUCAAGUGAAUGUCGGCGUGCCUUUGGGCCAAGGCAUCAACCUCCAACCUGACUGCAGCCUGGUGUAGAAAUGUGUUUGCAGUUAUGACUGCUGUAAUGUAGCUCCAGUAUCAAAGCUCUAUAAAGGCUCAUUACAUUUUUCUAUAUGUCACAUGGAGAAGUGAUUAAGUCCUGUAUGUUGUAAAAUGCAUAAUGUAGCAAAAUAUAACAUAUAAGUUUAACCAGCUGUAAUGUAGGUUUAGUGCCUGUAAAAAUAUUCAUAUCAAUUUUUAUUUUAUUUAUGUUUUAGGUCAACAGAGGGACAUGUCAUUGUAAAUAAAAUAAAAAAGAAUCUGAAAGUGUAGUCAUGUUUUGUGUUUAGCUGCCCUGAGUCGAUACUUUGUGGAGAUAUUUGUUGUUGCUGAGGUUUUACGGUAUGUUUCCAUCGGCCUCCACACCCAGACACUGACCUUUCUGCCCAUUGUUCUGAACUCAAACUGACUCACUGCUCAUGAGAUGGGUUGAUAUGUGUUUGUUUACCUUUCAGAUGUACAUUUACUCUUUUUAGUAAUGUUAUUAUUUACAUUUGCCAUGUUUUGACGGCAGUUUGGGCUAAAUAUGUUCAUAUCUGGUGUGGUUUGGUUGAUGUAGUGCCCGGAUGCAACCAGCAGGGGGAGUUUAGCGCUAGAACACCGGAACUUCCUCCUCAGAAAACAACAACACGCCGGAGCAGAAGGAAAAUGUCUGACUCUUUUAUUGAAAUAUUCCUCUUCUUUUACACACAGAGCACUUGUCACACGUUUCACUUAAACUCAAAUAAGGAAGAUAAAUGAUUUUCAAACCUUUAUGCCAUAAAACUAGUUCAUUAUGGGUCUGACUGUGUAAAGCUUUAUAAGCCACUUUGUUUUGGUUUGACACAUAAAAUCCCAGUGAAACACAAAACAGUUACAUAUUUUCUGUCUUUGAUCAUCUUCUAUUAUUUAUGAUGCAUCACAGAACCAGGUUUGCUUCCUGAUAGUUUUACCUGAGAACCUAAAAACAAACUGGUGAUGAACAGCAGGAGUGAGUCAUUCAUCAUUUAUGGGAAAACAUGCAACAUAAAAUCUGUUUAAAAUAAGAAAAUCCCUGCUUUAGUGCCACGAUAAACCAGUGAUUCUGUAAUGCACCUUUAGUUAAAGUCGUUUUCAAAAAUAACCCCCGAAUAGAAACGUUACCUUGUAGAAAGAAUAAAGAGUCGGACUGGUUUUAAUUACCUGCUGCUGUUUGUUGUGAACUCAACUUGUCUGACAAGUUUCUUUUCUUACUCAGUUCCCUCAUGACCAGAAUAUUUCUGACGGUUUGCUCAGAAAGUCCCGACCUGCAGCUGUUUUAUUUACCGUUCAUCCAUUUGAUCAUCUUGUAAUCCUAAUCCCUGAUUAAUCUAUUUAUUGAUUGAUUGGUAUCACAUUUGUAUAAUUCAUGAUUUCUAUGAACAUAAAACUUGUUUUUUGAUAACAGUGAAGUUGCAGAGCUGAAGCCUCUGUAGAAAAAUGUAACAUGAAAUAAAACAUUUUUCCUGUGAA